AUGCUGUGUCCGCCUCCAGGCGCGCUGGGACGCUCCAAGACGUUAGAUUACCUCGCAGAGGACUAUGACUCUAGUCUAGUAGCUGUGCCCGACAAGGUUUUCCACGGGCAUUAUGCGAAUUUCUGCCGCAGAGUGGCCUGGCCAAUCCUAAACUAUCAGAUCCCUGACAGUCCUAAAGACAGAGCCUACCAAGACACGUCGUGGGACGAGUAUACACAGAUGAAUCAAGCUUUUGCCCGUGUAAUUGCGCAUAAUUGGAACAGCGGCGAUUGUGUCUGGGUGCAUGACUAUCAUUUGGCGUUGGUUCCAGCUAUGCUGCGGGAGAAAGUCCCGGACGCCUGCAUUGGAUUCUUCCUACAUUGCGUCUUUCCGUCUUCAGAAGUCUUUCGGUGUCUAGCACAGCGGAAUUAUAUACUUCAGGGCCUCCUCGGAGCAGAUCUGAUUGGGUUUCAGACCGAGGAGCAUCGUCUCAACUUCGUGCGUACUUGCCGCCGGCUGUUGCAUGUCGAGACAAGGCAGGACAUGAUCUAUGCCAAAGAACGAACAGUUCGUGUUCGGAGCUUUCCCAUCGGCAUUGACGCCUCUCGUCUUAAUCACACGCUUCAGUCACCACAUGUAAAGAACUGGAAAAACCAGGUCACACGAGAGUAUGGAGACAAGUCGUUGGUCGUGGCCCGCGAUCGGUUAGAUCUGGUUAGUGGCUUGAAGGAAAAGCUGCUGGCAUACGAGAGAUUUUUGUCCUGUUACCCCUCGUGGGUUGUUCUUGUACAGAUCGGGCUCCCAUCAAUGGGUUCGGCGGGUCUUGCUGAAGAGCUAUCCCGCAUUGUAACCCGAAUUAAUUCGGCCCAUGCUAGUGUGACAUACCAGCCCUUAAUUUUCUUCACACACGAUAUCUCCUACCCGCAGUAUCUAGCCCUUCUGAGUGCGGCCAAUGUGUAUAUGAACUGUUCGCUCCGGGACGGAAUGAAUCUAGUCGGACAUGACUUUAUUUGCUGUCAACGCUCCCUGUCUGCUCCAAUGAAACGUGGUGGAAUAAUAAUGAGUGAGUUCGCUGGCAGUGCCACAGUCUUCGGACAAAGCGCCUUUCUGGUCAAUCCGUGGGAUACCAGACAGUGUGCGCAAGCGAUUCGAGAUGCCCUUGAACUUGACACUGAUGAGGCUGAACAAAGAUGUCAGACCAUUUACGACACUGUGCAACGAGAGGGAGCUGUUGGUUGGUGUCAAUUGUUUCUCACAACCCUCCGAUCCAACCGUGUAGAGCGUGUUGCAUCGCCUGGAAUGACCGGAGCGGAAUCUCUCCUGCCAGAGAUUUUAACUAGCUUACGUUUAGAACCGCAAAAUCGCCGCUUAAUAAUAGUUGACGAGGAUGUUGUCGCUGAUUGCCAGCAAUCAGAAGCUCAGUCCCUUAUAUGGUCGAUGAUGGAAGACCUAACAAGCAGUAUCCAGAAUACUGUCUACAUGACAAGUACAAGGCUGCCAGAAGAACUCUGCCAGGCCUUCCAGGACAACCCAAAUCUCGGUCUCAUUGCCGACCAUGGAUGUAUGGUUAAAUGGGCAGGCAGCAGCAGGUGGGAUUCAGUGCAUGGCACCCAAAAGUCCUACCGAUAUACGUCUGGCGUGGCUUCCAUUCUCGCAUACUUCCAGGAACGCACUCCAGGCAGUUGGGUCGAGUCACGGCAAUGCUCCUUUGUCUUCCAUUAUGAUAGUAGCUGGAGUUUCGCCAAACGGCAGGCUGCAUGCUUGUCAGACGAGGUUCACGGGUGCUAUGGAGGCCAGAUAAUUCAAGUGUUGCUGGGCCCGGACACAGUUACAAUCUCCCCUGCCGGCGUGGACUUGGGUGCUGCCGGUCAGGCAGUGCUUCACAGACUGGAGGCCAUCGAUGAUAAAGGUUGUUUCUCCGGGCCAAAAACCAAUAUUAUACUAGUUGGAGGGGGUGCUGAAUAUGAAUCGCUGUUUCAGUGGGGUAGUGGUCUCGAUCGAAGUGAGAUAGGCCAGGUCACGAUGAUACAUAGUGGCACUGGGCGAACACAAGCGCCGUGGACAUUAGAGGGAACAAUGACAGGAUGGAAAGGCGUCCGGAUCCUGCAGGUUGGACGAGGAAUGUAUCAUGACGUGCGGAGGAGACUUCCCUAUUACUGGAGUGAUAUUAAGGAUGGUCUUACCUACCGCACUAUGGCCAGUAUUGUGCGGAUGUAUUUUGUGAAUAUGCUCCCAGCUAUUGCAUAUACAAUGGACAUGUACCGUCGCACGGGGAAUUUCUUUGGUAUCAAUGAAGGGCUUUUCUCUUCUGCCAUGGCGGCAAUAGUUUUCAGCAUCUUUGCAGCGCAGCCACUAACCAUUGUUGGAGUUACUGGCUUAAUUUCUCUAUUUAAUUUUACGAUCUAUGAUAUCAUCACCAUAUACGAGCCGCCAAUCUAUGCAAAUUUCAUGUGCUGGACGGCAAUAUGGGCUGCAAUUUUCCACUGGAUUGUGGCCUUCUGCAACAUAUGCGAUUAUAUGCGUUAUGUUACGGAGUUUUCGAGCGAAUCCUUCGGCAUGUAUGUUGGCAUUAUCUAUAUUAUCAAGGGUGUCGAAGAGCUGGUUAACGAGUUUACCACCUAUGGCCGCAGUGCUGGGUAUUUGAGUUGUAUGAUCGCUAUACUGUAUUUUCUUACCAUCCUGGGACUAGAAAAGCUUGGUGGGAGUACUGUAUGGAGACCCGGGGUCCGUGGACUCUUGGCUGACUAUGCCUAUGUUAUUGGUACGAUCUUUUGGGUUGGGUUUUCCCACUUCCCUGGGAACCUUAAGUCCACACACAUUGGCUUUAUUCCGAUCACAAAAGCCUUCUAUCCUACCCAAGAUCGCGGUUGGCUUAUUCAUUUCUGGGAACUUGAUGUUAAAUGGGUUUUUGUGGCACUACCGUUCGGCUUUCUUACUAUGUUGCUAUUCUAUUAUGAUCAUAAUGUCAGCAGCUUAACAGCACAGGCACGGCAGUUCCCGCUUAAAAAGCCUGCUGGCUUUCAUUGGGACUUUUUCUUGCUAGGCUGCACAACAUUUAUCGCAGGGAUUGUUGGGGUUCCAAUGCCUAAUGGAUUGGUCCCACAGGCACCAGUUCAUACAGAUUCACUUACACUUUACAACACCCGUCUUCAAGUAAUUCCAACCGAAGAGGGAGAAGGCUCAGAGAUACGACGGCCAAUUGUUGAUGCUGUAACAGUAGUGGAGCAGAGGGUGUCCCACUUUGUUAUGGGCUUGGCCAUUAUUGGUAGCAUGACAGGUCCCAUCCUUACUAUCCUGCAUACAAUGCCUACCGCAGUUUUUGCGGGUGUGUUCUUUACCGUCGGCUGGGGUUCGAUUGAGUCAAACGGUAUCCUUCAGAAGGCCAUAUUCCUAAUGAAUGAAAAUCGGUUUAUCCAGCGUGGUGAGCCGCUGCUUACGGUCCGGAGGCGAAAGAUCGUUCUCUACAUUGCAUGUCAACUUGUUGGAGUUGCUGCAUGUGUAGCAAUAUCCCAAACGAUUGCAGCCAUUGUUGCGUUCUCGGCAGUUUGGGUGGUCCUCCCAGAUUUCCAGGCGAGCCUCCUGAGAUUCCACCGCACUACGGUCUCGAACGCAGAUAUUCCGCAGAACACACUGGAGCUCUCCGGCAAAGAUCUGGCAGCCUGCACCGUUAAACAACGCAGGACUCGUCCUUAA